CAAAAAAUGGCGGCCAACGGGCAGAGGAAAGAAGGCAUCGACGGCCCCACCAAUCCAAUGGUGACACCUCUGUUGACGGAUCUCUAUCAGUUCACCAUGGCUUAUGCUUACUGGAAGGCCGCCAAACACAACGACCGUGCCGUGUAAUCUCUUCCUUUUCACUUUUCCUACCUUUUUAUUCAAUUGUUUCCUCUAAUUAGUUUUGUUUUUAUAUGUUAAUUGCUGCAUGUUUGUUUUUGGAAGUUUCAGUUGGAUUUUUGCCCCAAUUUAGUCUUCCAGAUUUCGGAAUUCGGCAUGCAUGAUUGCUGUAUUGAGUAGAGUAAUCGAAAAUUUGAAUUUGAUGUGGAUGUGUUUGAUUUGGAGACAGAUAGAGAGGUUUGAUUUAUAUUUCCGUAGAAAUCCUUUUGGUGGCGAAUAUACCGUGUUUGCUGGUCUUGAAGAGUGCAUAAAGUUAAUUGCUAACUUUAGAUUUUCAGAGGAUGAAAUUGCUUUUAUAAAGGAAACCUUACCCACAUCGUGUGAGGAUGGCUUCUAUGAUUAUCUACGGAGCUUAGAUUGUUCAGAUGUGGAGAUACAUGCCAUUUCUGAAGGAUUUGUUGUAUCUCCGAAGAUACCAUUGUUGAGGGUUGAAGGGCCGGUAGCUGUGGCUCAACUGCUUGAAACCCCACUUGUUAAUCUCAUAAAUUAUGCUUCAUUAGUUGCGACCAAUGCUGCAAGGCAUCGAUUUGUUGCAGGAAAAUCCAAGCUUCUUCUUGAGUUUGGACUGCGACGGGCACAUGGUCCUGAUGGAGGUAUUGGGGCUUCAAAAUACUGUUAUAUGGGCGGAUUUGAUGCUACAAGCAAUGUUGCUGCUGGGAAAUUGUUCGGAAUACCACUUCGUGGGACACAUUCUCAUGCCUUUGUCAGUUCAUUUAUGAGCCCUGAUGAAAUUACAGAGAAAUCACUUCACAGUUCUGAUGGCUCCCAUGUUUGUGAGGAUUUUGUUGGUUCGGCACAGGCUUGGCUAAGCAAACUAAAGCGGUCGAAUCUAUUAGGUGGGAUUUUUGCUGAAACAAACCAAAGUGAGUUAGCUGCUUUUGCCUCGUAUGCUCUGGCCUUCCCAAACAACUUUUUGGCCCUUGUUGACACAUAUGAUGUGAUGCGAAGCGGUAUUCCUAAUUUUUGUGCAAUUGCUCUAGCUCUGCAUGAUUUGGGGUACAAGGCAGUAGGUAUCAGGCUGGACUCUGGUGAUCUUGCCUACUUGUCAUGUGAGGCUCGCAAUUUUUUUAAAACCAUUGAGAAGGAGUUUGGGGUGCCAGAUUUUGGAAAGAUGAACAUUACGGCCAGUAAUGACCUCAAUGAAGAAACUUUGGAUGCUCUGAACAAACAGGGUCAUGAAGUUGAUGCAUUUGGCAUUGGAACUCAUUUGGUAACGUGCUAUGCUCAACCAGCCCUUGGUGUUGUGUUCAAAUUGGUUGAAAUAAAUAAUCAGCCUCGCAUUAAACUUUCUGAAGAUGUUUCAAAGGUCUCAAUUCCGUGCAAAAAAAGAAGUUACAGACUAUACGGGAAGGAAGGGUACCCUCUUGUGGACCUUAUGACGGGGGAAAAUGAAACACCCCCAAAGGCAGGCGAACGCAUUUUGUGUCGCCACCCAUUCAAUGAAUCCAAGAGGGCGUAUGUGGUACCUCAGCACGUGGAGGAGCUUAUGAAGUGUUAUUGGCCUGGUAGAUCAGGAAAAGUGAGAGAAGAGCUACCGCCCCUUAAGGUGAUCAGAGAACGGUGCAUUAAACAUUUGGAGCAGAUGCGGCCCGACCACAUGAGAAGGUUAAACCCAACACCUUACAAGGUCAGCGUAAGUGCGAAAUUAUACGACUUCAUUCAUUUCUUGUGGCUCAACGAAGCACCUGUGGGAGAGUUGCAGUGAGGAUGAUGAUAUACAAAUAUGGUUGGGAAAUGAUGGCAUAUAAAUUAGCAGCAGCAGCAGCAGCAAUUCAUGUAAAUCGGUCAUAUGUUUUAUACAGAGCAGAGCAUAGUCUGUAGAAUACUAUUAUAUGGAUGAUUUUUCUUAAUAAAUAACUUAUCAUUUCUCCACUCUUCUGUAUACAAUUAAACGGUGAUUGAGCUCACCCAAUUUUAAAUAAAAAGAUAUUUCCAAA